AUGCAGAGCGGGCCCGCAUCGCCGGCCCCGCCGGAGGACACACCGAUGGCGGCGGCGGCGGCGGUGGCUGAGGUGGAGGUGAUGGAGGAGGCUGACGGGGAGCAGGCGAAGGAGGAUGCUGUGAAGGUGGCGGAGGCGCAGGCGGAUAGGGGAGUGAAGAGGGGGCGGGGGCGACCGCGGCGGCGGCCCGUGGCCGUGGAGGGGAGCGGGGUGGUGAUGGUGAAGCGGGAGCAGCUCGCGCGCUGCAUGACGUGCCAGCUCUGCCACCGCCUGCUCCGCAACGCCGCCACCAUCUCCGAGUGCCUUCACACAUUUUGUAGAAAGUGUAUCUAUAAGAAGCUUAAUGAUGAAGAGUGUGACCAUUGUCCAGUAUGUAAAAUUGAUCUCGGCUGCACCCCAAUUGAGAAGCUUAGGGCUGAUCACAAUAAACAAGACGUGAGGUCAAAAAUUUUCCCAUUGAAAAGAAAUAAGAUCGGUGCUAAAGAAUCUCCAGUUACACUGCCUAUUAAAAGGAAAGAGAGGUCUAUCUCUUCAUUGGUGGUUGACACACCUCGAAUAACAACGGGUUUGACUGGGCGCCGAACAAGAGCCGUUACUAGGAAGGCUGCCGCUGCAUUACGUGGCCUUGGUCCUAUCCUUGAUCCUGUAGAAAGGGAUAAUGGUAGCGCCAAUAAGCAUCCUGAUAAUUUAAGCUUGCUGGACAGCUUGAGCAAAGUGCCUCAAACAAGAAGAAAGGCAUCAUCAAUUGCAGAAACGUCAAGUCAUAACUCUAAUAAAGAUAAAGCAGGUGAUGAUAAGGACUUGGACAAGGCAGAUCUAUGGAAACCUCUAAACUGUCUUGUAGAGGCUGCAAGCAAAACAAAGUCCUUCAGGUCAAGUCCAUCUGUUAAGGGAGAUCAGCCCAAUGGAUCUCCUAGUAGUGAACAUGCUAGCAAAGAGAAGCCCGUGGAGAAUCUACGGAAGACCAGAUUUCAAGAUGACAAGAAAGAUGCUCCACAGCCAGUAAUGCUUAAAAAGAAAGGGACUGGCCGGACGAAGAAUGCAACUUCUGUUGCUGCAGCUAGCCAGAAGGCCCAGAAUAGUAGGGCACUGAACCCCGUAUGGUUCUCAUUGAUUGCCUCGUUUGAGCAGAAAGGUGUCCCACCCUUGCCACAGAUACCUGCCCAUUAUUUGAGAAUAAAAGAUGGAAGUAUAGCCGCAUCAUCCAUCCAAAGGUAUAUUAUGCAGAAGCUCAGUCUUGGAAGUGAGUCUGAGGUUGAACUGAGCUGCUGCGGGCAGUCAAUAAACCCCAUACAACCGGUGCACAACCUGAUGGAUAGGUGGCUGAGGGUUGGCCCGUCGCGCCAUUUGCAGACGUCGGUAGGCUCCUCUGGGGGAGAGUAUGUGAUGGUGAUAACCUAUGGGCGGCCGAAGUCUUGA